AAACAAAACUAUGUUAUAUAUUUACAAAUAUACUCUCAAGCAACAUUAGAGGGGGAGAGUUUGAGAGAGAGGGACAGAACCAAAGGAAACGCAAUGGCAAUAUUGCCUAGGAAGAGCAUGAUGGUGUUCUUGUCGUCCUUAGCCCUACUCUUAUUAUCUUUAACGACAAAUAGUACCAAUGUCUUCGCGAAAACGAUGGUGCCGAAACAGCAGGAGCUCGAUCGAAUCUCAGCGCUGCCAGGACAACCGCCGGUGUCAUUUUCCCAGUUUUCCGGUUAUGUUACGGUCAACGAACAUCACGGUCGAGCUCUUUUUUACUGGUUGACUGAAGCCGCUACUUGUCCUCAAGAGAAACCCCUCGUUCUCUGGCUCAAUGGAGGACCAGGUUGUUCAUCCGUUGCAUAUGGAGCAUCAGAGGAGCUUGGUCCCUUUCGGAUUAAUCGAACCUGUUCAUCUCUUUAUCUCAAUAAGUAUUCCUGGAACAGAGAAGCGAAUAUUCUCUUUCUUGAAUCACCUGCUGGUGUCGGUUUCUCAUAUACAAAUACAAGCAGUGACCUUAAAAAUUCUGGGGACAAAAGAACAGCUCAGGAUGCUCUAGUUUUUCUGCUUAACUGGUUGUCAAGAUUUCCACAAUACGCACACAGAGAAUUUUACAUUACUGGGGAAAGCUAUGCAGGACAUUAUGUUCCUCAGCUGUCAAAGGAAAUUGUAGCUUACAACAAAGUGCAUUCCGAAUCCACCAUUAAUCUCAAGGGAUUUAUGGUGGGUAACGCUGUGACAGACUAUUACUACGACAACAUUGGAACUGUCACAUAUUGGUGGAGCCAUGCCAUGAUAUCGGAUCGAACCUACCUAUCCAUCAUCAGCCACUGCAACUUCACAGUAAAAACAACAUCAAAGCAAUGUGAAGAUGCUAUAAAUUAUGCAACGGACCAUGAUUUUGGAGACAUUGAUCCGUACAGCAUUUACACACCGUUUUGCUUGACAAUGCUGAAUAACACGAAACGGCAUCUGAGGCUCAAAAACACCCUUCUUCGCCGGCGCGCUUCAGGGUAUGACCCGUGCACUGAGAACUAUGCAGAGAAGUAUUACAACCGGCCGGACGUGCAGAAGGCAAUGCAUGCGAACGUUACUCGAAUUCCUUACAAGUGGACUGCUUGCAGUGAUGUUCUUUUCAAGUACUGGAAGGAUUCUGAAUAUUCCGUCCUGCCAACUUACAAGGAGCUGAUUGCAGCUGGUCUAAGAAUCUGGGUUUUCAGCGGGGACACAGAUUCAGUAGUUCCGGUGACAGCAACUAGGUUAUCCUUAAAUCAUCUCAACCUUACGAUCAAAACCCCGUGGUAUCCAUGGUACUCCGGAUCCCAGGUAGGAGGAUGGACAGAAGUCUACGAUGGCUUAACCUUUGCAACCGUACGAGGAGCCGGCCACGAGGUUCCACUGAUUCAGGCCGAGAGAGGGUUAACUCUUUUCAAAUCAUUUUUAGCAGGAAAGAAAUUGCCAAAACUUAACUGACAUGUUAUUCAGAAAUUCAAAUAUAUAUUCCACCAAACUCCCACACAAAAAGAUCAUGAGGCAGCUAGAUUAGGAAUCAUUCAUUAAAAUUAGCGAGUAAUUUUAUUUUUAAUGAAAAAUGUAUUCCAUUUAGAUAGUAUUUUGGAUAUAAUUGGUUGUAAAUUGUAAUUCUUCAAAAGUUUUGCAAUGCAAAGCACAAUAAAAUGUAAAAGGUAUUUUUGUCAA